AUGAUCUUGCUGAGAAGAGCAGAGAGAAGCACGCGCUACCUCUUCCUCGAACGAUCCUCGCGGGCCCAGCCCGUGUCAACCUGCUCCAGCGACAGCGCCGCCAGCGAGGGGGCCGCCAGCGAUGAGGUGGACUCGUUCUUCCGGCAGCAGAACAGCGCCCUCGCGCGGCUCCUCCAUCUCCGCGGCCUCCAGCACGGCUGGCGGCUCUUCGGCGAGUUGCGCCGCCGCAAUGUCGUCACGUGGAACACUAUGCUCGCCGCCCACGUCCACCACCGGGAGAUUGUCCGCGCUAGAGAGUUGUUCGACGGAAUGCCCCGCAGGGAUGUAGUCUCCUGGAACACCAUGCUCCUGGGGUACUCCCUCACCGGCCAGAUCGAGAAUGCCCGCCACCUCUUCGACCGCAUGCCCGAGCGGGACACCUUCUCGUGGAACAUAAUGAUCAGCGGGUACGGGCGCUGCGGGUGGAUCAUAGACGCAGUCCAUCUGUUCGAGAAAAUGCCUGUGAAGAAUGUGGUCUCCUGGAACGCCGUCGUGACGGGGCUCCUGGCAAAUGGAGAGGUCGACUGGGCCAUGGAGAUGUGGAGCAAGAUGCCCAUCCGCGACUCGGCGACGCUGAGCACCGUUGUCUCCGGUCUCGCCCGCAACGGCAUGCUGGAAGCCGCGGAGCGACAUCUGCUCAAGGCCGAUGAAGGUGACGUCGACGCGUACAACACGCUCGUCGCCGCCUUCGGCCGGGUGGGGCGGGUCGACGACGCCCGACGCCUGUUCGAGAUGAUCCCCUCGGGGUGUCGUGAUGGGAAAGGAAGUGCGAAUGGCUUCCAGAGGAAUGUGGUCUCCUGGAAUUCUAUGAUCAUGGGUUACGUGAAGGCCGGCGGCAUCCGCUCGGCAAGGAGGCUGUUCGAUGAGAUGCCCGAGCGGGACCGAUUCUCCUGGAACACCAUGAUCGCCGGCUACGUGCAGUCGCAGGAGCUGGAUGAGGCAGCGGCUCUGCUGCAGCAGAUGCCUGAGCCGGACGAGAGGACGUGGAAUCUGAUGAUCUCCGGAUUCGCCCGGAGCGGUGACGUUGAGAGGGCGCAGCGCUGCUUCGAGAGGAUGCCCCACCGGAGUGCCAUCUCGUGGAACACCAUCAUCGCCGGCUACGAGCGGGUGGGAGAGUACAGGGCGGCAAUGAGUCUUUUCUCCCGCAUGCUGGCCUCCGGGGUGGCGCCCGACGGGCACACGCUCUCCUCCGCGCUCGGUGCCUGCGCGGGCCUUGCGAGCCUCCGCCAGGGCGCCCAGGUCCACCAGCUAGUGACCAAGAGAGUGGCGGUGGACACACCCAUCAACAACGCCCUCGUCACAAUGUACUCCCGCUGCGGGAGCUUGACUGACGCCCGCCGGACGUUCGACUCGAUGACGACGCGAAAAGACGUCGUCUCCUGGAACGCCAUCAUCAGCGGCUACGCCCAGCACGGGCAUGCCGAGGAGGCCCUCCGACUUUUCUCGCGGAUGGAGGAGGAGGUGCGGCCCACCCACAUCACCUUCAUAUCGGUUCUCCACGCCUGUUGCCACGGUGGGCUGGUGGAGGAAGGCCGACAGUGCUUCGACUCCAUGGCUCGCGACCACGGCAUUGACCCCCGAGUCGAGCAUUACGCAGCCCUGGUGGACCUCCUCGGCCGACAUGGCCGGCUCGAGGAGGCGAUGGGGAUAGUCGGCGGCAUGCCCGUGCCGCCCGACAGGACCGUCUGGGGCGCACUGCUCGGCGCCUGCCGGGUGCACAGGAACGACGAGCUCGCGCGCAUAGCGAUGGCGGCCCUAGCGGCGGUCGACCCCGCGGGCUCGGCGCCGUACGUUCUUCUCUGCAACAUGCACGCCGGCGUGGGGCGAUGGGCCGAGGCUGCGGAGGUGAGGGAGGCCAUGGAGCAGCAGGGCAUCCGGAAGCAAGCCGGCUACAGCUGGAUUGAGCUGCAGAGCGGCCUCCAUGUCUUCGCCGCUGGGGACAAGUCGCACCCCCUCGCCCUGGAGAUCCUCGCGACGGCGGACAGCUGCAGCCGGGCCAUCAGAGACGAGACCCAUGCAGGAGAUCUCCCCUGCAUUCAACCUCAUUCAUCGUAA